UUUGAUACUAAUCUAUCUUAAUCUCGAAGUAUCCAAACAUAUAUCCCUCAUUCUCUCGUUUUUUAUCGUUUAAAAUUAUUAAACAAACUUAUGCAAGCAUUAUUUUUAUAUUUGACAAAUAUUUUUAUUAAUUAUCGAUAAGCCAGCAUGGGACGCCGACCAGCCAGAUGUUAUCGAUAUUGCAAAAACAAACCGUAUCCGAAGUCGAGGUUCUGUAGAGGUGUGCCUGAUCCAAAGAUUCGUAUCUUCGAUCUUGGAAAGAAGAAAGCCUCCGUGGAGGAUUUUCCGUUAUGUGUACACCUGGUAUCGGACGAAUACGAACAGCUUAGUUCCGAGGCCCUCGAAGCUGGACGCAUCUGCGCGAACAAGUACAUGGUGAAGAACGCCGGAAAAGAUCAGUUUCAUAUCCGUAUGAGACUCCACCCGUUCCACGUAAUCCGCAUAAACAAAAUGUUGUCGUGCGCUGGAGCUGAUAGGCUUCAAACAGGAAUGCGAGGUGCCUUCGGUAAGCCACAAGGCACCGUUGCAAGGGUACACAUCGGACAGCCCAUUAUGAGUGUACGUUCGUCCGAUCGUCACAAGGCUGCUGUAGUUGAGGCGCUGCGACGUGCCAAAUUCAAGUUUCCAGGCCGACAAAAGAUUUACGUUUCAAAGAAGUGGGGCUUCACGAAGUACGAUCGCUCCGAGUACGAAGAAUUGAAGGCAGCCGGCCGAUUAGCUCCAGACGGGUGUAACGUGAAAUAUUUGCCAGAGCACGGGCCACUCGAAGAAUGGAGGAAAUUUAGAAAAGUUCUUGCUGCUGCUUAAGCAAGACAAUUUUUCGAAAAUUUUAAUUUCAUUUAUAAUGUCUUAUUCACAAUUUACAAUCAGAAUGUUAAGGAAAUAUGUGUAAUCCUAUAUUAUAAAACUUAAUUAAAUACAUUUUAUUUUUGUUUUUAGAAGAUAUAAUUAGA